ACAUCUGUAAAAUAGCCGUUCUACAUGAAGAUUGUAUAUUUAUAAAAUAACCGUUGUAUUGGAAGUUAUAGAUCUGUGAAAUAAACAUAUAAUCAACCACGUGUACAAAUGAAUUACACAUGUUUAUAUUUGAUAUUGUGCAUUCUGACUGGUGUUUUGUGGAUGUUCAAUGGUUUUCUGUGUAUUGUGGUUGGGUUGUUUAUAUGUUUAACUUGUGAUGUUCAUGCAAUAUGGAGGAACGUGCUGGUAUUACCAAUCUGACUGAAGUACUUGAUCUUCUAAACGAAGAUCUGAGAACGACCCAUUCACAUACGUCUUCUGUAUAUUUUGGAUUUCCAGUAUUGCUAUUUUUAUUUUAACCAAUCAGACGACUUGUUCGAAUGCCAAAGAGUAAGAAAAAUAUGCGGUUAUUUCAAGGCUCGAACCCGGGACCCCUCGCUUACAAAGCAAGUGGCCAACCGACUGAGCUAACCGGUCAUCUGACACAAUACGACAUCAGAAUUGUAAAUAUUAAAAGUCAAGGCUACAGGUAGAUUUGCAAAAUGUUGUAAGCUAGGCUCAGAUUGGCUAGCGAAAGGGUCGUCAGAACGAGGCCAUGAAUAGGUCGUUCUCAGAUCCUAUGCGUAGCGUAAUAGGAUAUGUACUUUAGUCAGAUUGCUGGUAUUACAUUUCUGCAAGAUGAGGAGAAGGUAUAAACCUAAGAAAUUGAUGGACACCAAUAUCUUCAAAGUGAUAUGUUUGCCAACAGACGUUGAUAUAGGUCUACAGAUAACAACUGGACGACUCCUGCGCGAAUGUGGCUUUGGUCAAACUGAAUUCUGGGUAGAGAAUUUCGUCCAUGAUGCGUUGGCAACUCUGAAAGGAGAAAUAAAAGUUACAGCAUAUCAUAUGACAUAUGAAUACCCGAUUAAGAUGUUUGAAACAUUCAAAAUAAUUGCUAAGAUUGUAUACUGGGAUGAUACGUCAUGUUAUAUGAAGCAGACAGUGAUGAGGAACCUUGAUAAGAAGGAAUGUGCAACAAUUUUAUCAAUCCACAGACUGACUGGAGUAACAACGUCACAAGUACUAAAUGUUUUGGGAAAGGAUUGUGUCCAAAGUAAACAAGUUCUAUCGAAUUUGGUUCGUAAGCUUCAAGAAAUAAACAUGGAUAUUUCUAAGAAGCUAUAAAGUUAAAUUAGUUAAUGCAUUUCAAGCUUCAGCUGUGUCAUCAAGUGCAUUGGACAAUGACAUAAACUAUGCAUGGAACUAAACCUGGAAAAGGAAAUAAAUCAUGUUCACACUGAUGAACCUUAUAGGUUAAAUUUGCUUGCACAUUUUAAAUAAUCAAAUUAUUUAAGGAUACUCUAAGGGGUGAAACAUUUUUGGACAUUGUUUUAGUUUCUUUUUCAUAUCAAUUCACUAUACUUUCCUCUAUUAGAUGCAAAAAAAUAAAAAUAAAUAAUAAAAGUUCAACUAUAAAACCUCCAUUUGAUUAAUUUCCAGGAUAAACAGUAAAUAUUUGACAUGUGUUUACAAUAACACUCUUCUGAAAAGAACAGCAAGGCUAUAAAUUUAUUCACAGUACUCGGACCAUCAGCUUAGUAUCUGAUUUCCUGAAUCUCAAUACUGAUAAUAGGUGGGCCGAUGAUCUAGUGGAAACACGCUUGACUGUCAGUCCAGAGGUCCGGGGUUCGAAUCCCGGUCCAGGCAAUGGAAAGUUCUGAGAUGCUCUUCUUGAGUGUCUCCCACCUAACUAGAGGCCUGUACUGGUUCUUCCCAGGAAAAACGGCUUCGCGUGUAUCGGUGCUAUACACCGGGCACGUUAAAGAACCAGACUGUCUAUUCGAAAAGAGCUAGGCUAAGUUAACCGGACACAUCUGUAUCUGAAAAGUUCUCUCUGUCUGUUCUAGGGGCCUUAUCUCACUCUGUCCCGCUGGUCAGGUCGCUCUGUGUCUGUACUAGUAGCGCCCUGUGUGGCUGCAGUAUAUGUAAAGCACCCUUGAACGUGUUUAUCAUGAAAAGGGCGAUAAAUAAACCUGGUAUAAUAAUAAAUAAUAAUAAGAAGAAGAAGAAUGUGGUCAUCCAAGGCUCUAGAGGGAGCAUUAGUGGGAGUUAUAUUGCUUUGAGUAACUGAUUUUCACCAGCUAGAUAUAAUGGCUUUUUACUGGCUGUCUUUGUGGAAAGGCCUAAUUAUUUGUGAAUAUUAAGUAUUAAUAAUGUUAUUAAUACAUGGCAGGAUGAGCUAUAAAAUUGUAUCACAUUGAGCCCAUUCUUGAAUUAUAUCACGUUUAAUUCAAUGGGGGGAAGGAAACAGAAAAAUAAUUGAUUUGUCUGUGACUCUUUUUUUCCUGGCAAUUUAGGACAAAAUUGUGAAACACUUUGAUAGUUUAUUGACCUCCCAUACUGCACACACAGUUGUGGCUCAUUCGAAGUACAUGUACUGAUGAGAGAUUUGAAUCUGUUUGAAGAUGACAAGAGAGUUUUACCUAUUUGGUUAUAUUCAAAGAGUCUCUCAAUGCACAAAUGUUAUUAAAAUAGUACCAUAGUAUAUUUCUAUCUUUUACCUUCAAUUUGGUAUGCUACACUUUAUGGUUUUUUUUCUGAGAAAUGUGGAGAAAACUCUAAUUACCGUUUGCAUAAUAAAUGUUAAAACAGGUCACCCCUCCACCCCUUAGAGUUUCCUUAAGCGCCACUGAAGUCAUUGUUUAUGUAUCAAGAUACAUCUGCACAUAUUGAUAAUAAGUCUAACGAUAUACUACGCACAGUGUGGUUCGGACUCUGUUUGCGGUGUUUUCAGUGACUCAAGGGAGUCUAUUCCUACAUUCUAUUUUAUGGAAUAUGAUCGGGUUAAGCGUGUCAUUUCCCAGUGGGAUUUUGCCAUUGACUAUUUCAAUGCAAUUCUCCAUUUGAAUGUUUUGUCCUUGUUGUAUAAUAAUUAUUUAUUUUCUGUAUGUAAUAUAUCAUUGUACACAGUGUUGUUUGGUUUCUUUUUGUGGAGGCUGUGAUAGUGAAACAAUGUCAUCCCUUUUUUAUUUCGUUUACUAUCAAUUGAAUAUCAAUAUGAAAACAAGAAAUACAAAACAUUCUAAAAAUCAUUCGGAUAAUGUUACUUUAAAAUGACUGCAUUCAAUUCUAUUAAUAUCAUUAAUGUUGUUAUUUCCUAUAACUUGCAGACUAAUUGAACCUUAAAUACCCGUUCUGUUUGGACAUAUGUAUUAUGUAUAUAAAAUAGUAUAGAACAAUGAACCACACAAAUGAAUGACAUACAUUCUUAUGAGUGCAGUACAAUUGGUGCUCUGUGCAUUCACAGUUAGUUUCUUUGUAUUUUGAUUACGCUGUUUAUAUGUUAAGUUGUGCAAGAAAGUGUCCCAUGUAUAACUAUAAUUAAUUCCGACAUUUUAACCACCAUUAUAUGCGCAAAAGUCUUGAGCCUUCCUCUCUUAGUUUUUGACCGACUCUUCUUUUAAACAUUUAUCAGUGCAUGUUUAUUCAUAUAUAGAGAUGCUUAUUCACAAUUAGUUCAUUGUUGUUUAAAAGAUACAAGUAAAAACUGUUUUAGUUUUCGGUGUAUAUAUGUAUAUUUUACAUACUCUAUGUUUAUCUGUCAUAACAAAUUAUUAACAAUU